AUUAAAACACGGUUUGCUGCCCUUCAUUUAAAUAAUAUCUUACAAAGUCUCCAUAUAAAGAUGGCGUGUACUGCAAGAUGUUUUUUUCCUGAAAAAGAAAAACAUUAAUUCAUCGCAUUACAUUUGUUAAAGUUGAGAGUAUAGCACUACAUAAACUGUCCCUCUAAAUUAUUGUGUGAACAAGUACAAGGCUGUUAUAUGCUUUUGAUUCUAUUUUUAAUGCUAGUACAAAAAUAAAAAAAUAUGGUAGAUGUAUGGUCACCACGAAAUAAAUCUCCAUCUCAAACACUUUUGUCAUUAGCAAGGGUCCUUGCGUUAAAAGAACAACCAUGGGAAAAGGUGAAACCAUUGUUGAUGUUUUGUCCUCAACCUCCUUCAAAACCAACUGAAAUAUUUGCUAUUGAUCAAUCUGGCAGAAAUUCAAUUUUAUGUUUGAUGUACUACUUGGUGCAAUCAAAACUUGAGCAUUCUUCCAAAAUACUACCAUACCUGACAAGUGUCUUUAAAGUCUGUUUGCACAUUAAGUGGAAUUUAAAGAGCAGCAAAGAAAAAAAUUGCCAAGAAGAUGAAAUCAGAGAAUUUAUUUCUCUCCUGACUUUGGUGUUAUCAUAUGCUUUGAGUAAAAACGAAAAUGCGUCAGCUAGCAAUCCACUUGGUUUUCUGUCAGUUAUGCUUGAUGAAUUGCAAUCAUUUCCUGAUUUACCUGAAGCAUCACAAGUUAGCUUCUUUCGGUGUACCUUACCAGCGAUGUGUGGUUUCCUUGAAGGACUUUGUAUGCAUCCAUCUGCACAUGAGCUUUCUCAAAUCCUUAUGCCGAAUAAAAAACAAAAACAAAACAAAUCGCUAUGUACUGUUGAUGCAGAUUUCAAAAGAAGUCAAUUUGCAGCAGUAAACAUUUCAAACCUAUUGAAUCAGAUAUUUUCGAUAGCAUCUACUAAACAUUUGAAUGAUUUGGAGAAAAGAAAGCUUGAUCUAAUCGAGGAUAAACUGCUUUUAAACAACCGAUUUUUUAAAUCUUGGAUGGAUAUAUUUUGGAUGAACUCAACAAGUAUUGUCAAAGGUAUCAUACAGCAAGAUGUAAAUCAAGAGGAUGUGACAAAGAUCCAUGCGUGGAGCAAAGAAAUGUUUGAAUCAUGCCAACUAAGUUGCAAGUCAGAUUUCAAACGAGAAAAGUCGAAACUGUUUUUGACAACCCUGACCACAAGUUGCGAGGUUUAUGUGAGAUCAGUGACAAAGGAUUCUGAUGCUGAUAAAACCUGCCAGGUACUGGUUGAUAACAUCAACAUGAUUCGUGAAGAUUCCAGAUCGUACACGUUUACUUCAUUAGUCGUUGCUUGUUUAAAUGGUUUGGGCACUUUAGCUGAAAAGUUUCCUUCCAUUUGCAGUUUUGUUAUUGAACAUUUUCAAGACUUUUUGGUAAAGCCUUCUGCUGUGUUGAAAGGUUUCUAUCAGGCUAGCAAAGAGAAAAAGCCAGAGAAAAAGAGAUUCUUGUCUGCUGACGAUACCCAUGAAGAAGAGCAAAAUAUCGGAUUCAAAUGUAACAGCACUGGUUAUGACUUAAUUUUGAAAAUCGCUCUCGAAAAUGUUGUAAUUUGUCUAAAAGCAGGCUAUGAAAACGACAAAAGUUUGAUCAAUGCUUUUUUAAACAAGAUGUCGAUUCAUUUAUAUCCAAGAGGUAAUGAUGACCAACACACUUCCCUACGUCAGAUGAAUGCGGUACUUGCUAUCGGCCACAUUGCAUGUGCGUUAAAGGAGAUAGAGAAUGUGACGGAGAGUGGUUUAACGAUACUUCAGCAAAGGUUCCACCACCCUCCAUCACAGCUAGAUGUGAAUAUUAUUGAACAAUUUGCUCCUAUUCUGCUGACUGGUGUAAACGUUACUUUUCAGAGUAAAUGCUAUCAACCGAUCAUGGAUUUGUUUGUGAAAAUUACAAGGGAAUCAAGUAUGGCUACAUACUCGAUUGGUAGUGCUGAGCAUGCGCAAACUUCUUACAGACAUUGCUCAUUGGCUGUCAUUAAUGCUCUCCUAACAAUUGCUACUACACUGAGUAAAGAUACUCCUAUGAGAAUAGAUUUUCUUGUCCAUUUGCUUGAAAUGUUUGUGCAGUUGGGGUUGCAAGUCAGAAAAAUGAGUGAAAAAACACAUUCAAAGGCAUCAUCCAGUGCUGGGAAUCUUGGCGUUUUACUCCCAGUUAUAUCUGCUCUUUUGAAACAAUUUGAACCUAUCAUAAACCCCACACCGCGUCUACAGAAGUUGUUCCACGACUUCUGGCUGUAUGUCGUCCUCUUUGGUUUUGGUGUAGAAGAAUCAAGCUUUUGGCCACAGGAGUGGUUUGAAAGUGUCCAGAUUAUUGCUUCAAAGUCACCUGUUUUGAUAGGUGCUGGGCACUUGCGUGAGCUGACAUAUGGUCUGGCCUUAAAGAAUGAAGACAUAUCACAGACUGAUGUAAACCAGCUACGCUUGUCUUUACUUGAACAAAUUGGUCAGGUGCAAGAAAUUCUACCGUUAAUCAAUAAACUACAAUUUGGUCCCAUGUCACUUUUGUAUAGUGUUUAUCAACUGGAGAGCCUUCGCGUGACAGUCAAUACGAACAUGGUUCAAAAUCUAUUUCAAUAUUUAGAAGAUAGAGCUGUCCAAAGAGACAAAUCUGAUGUGUGGAGAUGCAUGCGGUCAGCAUUUGAUAAAAUCUUUGACAACUUUUUAACACUAAUGUCAAACAAGCCACGAAAUAACGAACGUGAAAGCGAGCUGGAGAGACAUGCACUGUUUCUUCUCAUCAAGUUUAACCACACAGAGGAUAGAAUUCGUCGUGUUGCUGAUCGAUUUUUAUCACUCCUAGUUGACAAAUUUCCUCAUCUUCUGUGGAAUGGAACUGUGUUGAAAACAAUGUUAGAUUUACUGCAUGUCAUCAGUAAGACAACUGAAGAAAUGAAAAACAAGCUUAUUUCAUGCGAGAUUGCUAUUCCACACACAAACUUUACGCUGAUCUUAUCACAAAAACGAGAAACUCGUGAACAAAUAAUGCGAGAUUUCUCUUCUCGUUGCCAUGGAAUUCUACAGGAAGCUCUGAAGUGGGCAGCAGAUUCAACCAAGUCUUUACUACAGGAAUACCUCAUAGAGAAUGAAGAUGCAACCGCUUCAGUCCAUUACGGAAUUGCUUUGUUCACAGAGAUUUUAUUGAAACAUGAUAGUACUCCAACUGCGAGUGAUGGGAUAUCACACUCAACUGUUAAGCAAGAUAAUAUUACCACGUUUACUUCUGGAGUGAAAAUCCGUAGUAGAUACAUAGGAGAGAUUCACGGACUAAGAGAAGCCAUGCGAUAUUCACUUCCAGGUUCUGAAUUAAAUGCAGAAUCAAUGCUGGUCAAUUUAAUAUGUAAACAGUUGAAAGAGGUUUAUGUAGAUAAAAGUGAUCUUACAAAUGUGCUUUACAAAGCUAGUGCUUAUCUGGUGUCUACCAAAGAGCAAAGUCAGGUGUUGAUCAAUCAUAUCUGCUGGAUGCCUGCCAAACUGUUUACCAAGUCAUCGUUAGAAGUGGCUAUUGCAUGCUGGGAAUGGAUACUCUCAACACGGAAAGAUUUGGAAGAACAGAUGCAACGCGAGAUUGUAGCAGCAUGGAUGUACACUGUACAUCAGCGAUUGGGACUGUUCAGUGAAGACAAACCUAGUUUUAGCCCAUUGACGAUAAACGAGAGUUCACACGAAGAAAACCAAGUGUCCGGGGUUCAAGAUAUGUGGCUGGAAUUUCUUACACGGAGGUUUAACGUGAUCAAUUACUACAGUAGUGAACAAUCUUCGAUAUAUAUCUCAAUGCUGAAUGAUUCACUCUCCUGCAUGGUGGGCAAACAGAGUAACAUGUCACAUCAUAUUGAAUACAUUCGACCUCGCUUUCGUUUACUUUAUCUUGGUCUCUGCGUCCUACAGUCUAACCAUGAGAUACCACCGAUUGUGAGAAAUACGCUCCGUGAGAAGAUAUAUCACUCCGUCCUUGAUCAUUUUAGCGUGGCUCCUGUCUGGCCAAAACCAUCUGUUGAAACACUUGGAAAAGACAUUAAAGUUCUGAUUCAAUUUUGGAACGCUUUGAAUGUAGACAAGAAGUUCAUGAAAUCGUUUUUUAUCACAUCUUCAUUGGAUUCUGUUUUGGAAUCACCCGAUGAAAAAGGCAGCCGGCUGUCAGCUGCUGUUACUGAUAGCACGAGAACAGACGCCGCCCCACAAGGUUGGCUCAACUUGCGUGCGCCGCACGGUUCGAUAGCAGGAUCUUCAAAGAAGUCCUACCCACGAGCUGGUAGUCAACGCGAAGGUAGUGGAAUGAUAACCAAGGAGCUGAUGAAGAAAAGAAUAAUAAUUCUUGCUUUACUAAGGAGGGAGAUCGAAAGACUCUCCAUCUGGCGUAAUCCUAAGAACAUGCCUGAGUUACGAGUGGCAGGAGAAGAUAUUGUGCAGGGUUGGGCAAGCCAAGUUCCAAUGACGGAUAAAUCGUGGAAAGAAUGCAUACGCACAACAUGGAACGUGUGCCCACAUGUAGCUAUACAUGUCGCGCUAAGAUUCCGUGAGGUAUUGAUUUUAUGGAAGGAAGUGACACGUCUUGUACACGCGCAUCCUCUGAGCGUGUCCGACGAUCCGGACGCACUACAGUUUUUAGUCGACGAAAACACCAUCAAACAAAACAAACCGGAAUUGUCUCACAUCAUAUCGUGGGCGUUGGUUCCACCUGUAAUCGCAAUAUCCUUCUUCUCGCAGCAGUACACUCCCCAUCCGCUGACAGCGCAGUAUGCCGUACGAGUGUUGCGUUCCUACCCUCCUGAAACCAUGCUAUUGUACAUACCACAACUGGUACAAGCACUGAGGUAUGAUAAACUUGGUUACGUGGAGAACUACAUAUUGUGGGCGUGUAAUCAAUCACAACUGCUUGCUCAUCAGAUAAUAUGGAACAUGAAAACGAACAUAUACACAGAUGAGGAUUCGAAAAACAUUGAUCCUGACAUAGGAACGAAACUGGAAGAACUGAUCGAAAAAAUAACCAGCUCUUUAUCAGGUCCCGCUUUACGUUUCUUCGAGCGAGAGUUCGACUUCUUCAACCGCGUUACGAAUAUAUCCGGCGAGAUAAGGCCUUAUCCAAAGGGGGAUGAAAGACGCAAAGCCUGUCGGGAAGCUUUGAAAAAAGUAACACUCCAGCCAGGUGUCUAUCUUCCAAGUAAUCCUGAAGGGGUUGUGGUUGGAAUUGAUUAUAAUUCUGGCAUACCGAUGCAGAGUGCAGCGAAAGCGCCUUUCCUGGCACGCUUCCAGGUUCGAAAGUGUGGGAUCAAAGAACUUGAAGACAUGAACAAAGUUGACGAGACAGACAGCAUAAGCGAUGAAGGCGUCGUACAUGGCGAGACAUACACACUAGGCUGUAUAUUCAAAGUUGGCGAUGAUGUGCGGCAGGACAUGUUAGCACUUCAAGUCAUCACACUGUUUAAAAGGAUUUUCGAUCAAGUCGACAUGGAACUUCAUCUGUCACCCUAUCGAGUAGUUGCGACAGCACCGGGCUGUGGUGUCAUUGAGUGCGUGCCCAACGCCAAAUCGCGUGACCAGUUAGGGCGUCAAACAGAAGUGGACUUGUUUGCAUACUUUAAAAGUACAUACGGUGAUGAAGGGUCACUCUCCUUCCAAGAGGCCAGACAAAAUUUCAUUCGCAGCAUGGCAGCUUAUUCUGUUGUAAGUUUUUUGUUGCAAAUUAAAGACAGACACAAUGGAAACAUAAUGAUCAACGAACAAGGCUUUGUCAUACAUAUAGAUUUCGGGUUUAUGUUCGAAUCUUCACCGGGUGGCAACCUCGGAUUUGAACCCGACAUGAAACUAACACCAGAUUGGGUCAUGCUGAUUGGUGGAAACAUCGAUGCGCCCAGCUUUAGGUGGUUCAUGGAACUUUGCGUCAGAGCUUACCUAGCUGUUAGACCACACACUGAGGCGUUCGUAUCUCUCGUUGCGUUGAUGUUGGACACGGGUUUGCCAUGCUUUCGUGGAGAAACGCUGAAGAGAUUAAGGCAACGUUUCGCGCCUGAUUUAACAGAACGGCAAGCAUCGGAAUAUAUGAUUCAAAUCAUCAAAGAUUCGUAUCUCAACAAAAGAGCUCGCGCUUACGAUUUGAUCCAGCUUGUACAAAAUGAAAUUCCAUGCUAAUGAAAAACAGCUUUGUCGUGCGUGAAAUUAUAUAGACAUUUAAAUGACCGGUUUAAUCUGGUGACUGCUGACUGGAGUUGAAUGACCGGUCAAGCCAAGUAACCAGGGUGGUGAUUGUAAAUUGGUGUUUAGAAUUUUUAUAAAGAAUAAGAUAAGAAUAAAUAAAUAAUACAUAAAUAAAUAAAUAAAUAAAUAAAUAAGGAAAGAAUA